UGUCACAGGACACGCAAGACUACGUGCCAAAUUGAGCGACUCUUUCGGUUGUCCACUCUUGUUGCUCAACAAUCACCAUGUUCAUCGUAAAUUGGUUCUGGGACAUUCUUGCUCAGCUUGGGCUGAUGCACAAGAACGCCAAAAUUCUCUUCCUUGGUCUGGACAAUGCUGGCAAGACGACGCUUCUGCACAUGUUGAAAAACGACAGACUGGCCACCCUUCAACCCACCCUUCACCCUACCUCCGAGGAACUGGCAAUUGGAAACGUGAAAUUCACUACGUACGAUCUUGGCGGACAUCAGCAAGCCCGUCGCCUCUGGCGCGACUACUUCCCUGAGGUUGAUGGAAUCGUGUUCUUGGUCGACUCUGCAGACUUCGAGCGCUUCGCUGAAUCAAAGGCUGAGCUUGACGCUUUGCUUUCUAUUGAGGAGCUGGCCAAGGUUCCGUUCCUAGUUCUUGGCAACAAGAUUGACGCUCCUGGCGCAGUCAGUGAGGAGGAAUUGAGGCAUCACCUUGGGCUGUACCAAACGACCGGCAAGGGCAAGGUUCCGUUGAACGACAUCCGACCCAUCGAGAUAUUCAUGUGUUCAGUCGUCCAGAGACAAGGGUACGGCGAAGGCUUCCUAUGGCUCUCACAAUACAUAUGAUCCUACGCCUUGGUUGGUGAUUGAGGGAAUUUAGUAGACCUUCACUAAUUCCCGUUCUCCCUUGUCCUUUGCUUUUAUUGUCGUUGUGGACCGUCAUAUGCUAUUCUUCACGCUUCAUACCCUUGGAGUUAACUAGCUCGGCAGACUUGAGUAAAUAUUUGAGAAUUGAUCAGCACGUCUUGAUGAGAGCGACUAAUGGUUCAAAAGAUUGGUCUUCA